GUAAAGUGUGGGAAGUACAAAUUUCCGCCCUUUCUGGCAUUGGCUAAAGCGGUUCUCUUCGCGAGGCAGUGAGCUUGUGGGACAUUUUUUUUUUCACUAAGGGAAACUUACACACUCAAGUUGCAUUCGGUAAAUGCUGUUCGACUCGACCUAUGGGCUGCAUAUCCUCUUGCGAAAUUCAGUAAGAUGCAGUAAUAAUAACAUCUUUUUUAAGUUGCAUUCGUGUCCUUGGAUUUCCUCGCACAAUUUUGUCUUGCAGUAUUGCCACUGGAGGGAGCUUUAACUGAGAAAAAAACGGGAAUUGUUUGAAGACAAAUUACUAUUAUUUACUCAUGCAAUACUCGCCAGGCGCUGGAUAUGAGAAUAGGGGCUACAACAGCGGGAGGUAAAUGCUCCAAAUACAUCAGGGGGCAUUCCGAUGCUGCUGUGAAGAGGGGCAGCUCCUGAAUGUACCAAAGUAAGGAGACCGGUCUGGUGUGAGCUCGCUGCUGAGCGCAGAGGAAUGCAUGACCGAUAUGAAACUCUCCGACAGGCUGACGGGGGAAAUGGAAAGGCUGUGCAUGCUCUGGGUUACCUUGCUUGUUUUGUGCAGUAAGGCAGAACCGAUUUGCCCUGAUCGAUGUGAUUGUCAGCAAUUUCAACACAUCAUGUGCACCAACAGGGGACUUAGGACGGUGCCCAAAGAAUCAAUUCAGAGCCCCGGGGACAUUCUCACUUACAGUCUAGGAGGGAACUUUAUCACAAAUGUCUCCGUUUCCGACUUUCAUCGAUUUAGUCAGCUGUUGAGGCUAGAUCUGCAGUAUAAUCAGAUACAGUAUAUACAUUCCAAAACUUUUGAGAAGCUGUCUAGACUGGAGGAAUUAUAUCUGGGCAACAACUUGAUUUCCAGCGUGACACCUGGAACUUUGAACCCUUUGAGAAAACUUCGGAUUUUGUAUAUCAAUGGCAAUGAGCUAAGCAAGCUAAACUCGGAAACAUUCAACAACUUGGAAAAUCUUAUUAAACUUAGACUAGACGGGAAUGCGAUAGAACAUUUGCAAGACUCGCUUUUUUCACCACUUCGGAACCUGCUUUACCUGCACCUAGAAUCGAACCAAAUCCGUACUGUUCACAAGAAUGCGUUUGCUAACUUGGGGAAACUUCGCUUCUUGAAUCUGUCCGGUAACAGCCAAAGUGCUAUCCGUAAUAUAGCUACGUUUGGGAAUCUUCGGUCGCUGACUACAUUAAUCCUUUCUGAGAACAAAAUCCAACAGGUCGGCCACCGCGUUUUCCAAAACCUUCAGAAGCUUGCCAAACUCGCCCUAAGCGGCAACAGAAUCUCCCUGCUGGGCACUGAGGUGUUCCAUGGACUAAGUAGUUUAAAAGAGUUACUGCUGGACAGAAACUUCUUGACUGAAAUUUCGGAUGGCUUGUUUUCAUCUUUGGGGAAGUUGGAAGAGUUGGACUUGAGCCACAAUGCCAUCUCCACUGUGCAUCCAUUGGCCUUUCGGGAUUUGGCAAAUCUACGGGUACUGAAAUUGCAAGGCAAUGCACUCACAUCACUCUCUGGUGAUAUAUUUAGUUCUAAUGCUGGUCUGUAUAGCCUGGAGCUGGAUGGCAACAGCUGGACCUGUGACUGUCGGUUGAGGGGACUGAAACAAUGGAUGAACUUGGCACACUCCCAAGGGAAGCUUCUCACUGUGUUUGUGCAGUGCCGCCAACCACCUUCUCUCCGUGGAAAGUAUCUGGAUUACCUCAACUCUUCCCAGUUAUUACCCUUACCGGAUUCGGGGGUAAAUGAUCUGUGCAUAUUUCCCCAGAAGUCAUCCCUCCGAAACCGUUUGUCCCCCUCACCAGCGAAAAAUACUGGGACAGCUGACAGAAAUGUCCAGUCUGAUCAAGGAGGCACAGUGGGACCAGCAUUUACUGACACACAGAAGACCCGUGCAGACAACAGGGAUGUGGCACGGUCAUGGGGUGUCCCUUCUCUUUCCACCAGCCCGUCACCCACAAAAGGAUAUACUGUGACGCUGCGGUCUGAGAAGGUUUUGUUAGCAGAACAUAUAAACCGGCUUCAUACUUUUCAGGGCAAUAGAACCCCCAGGUUAGGUAUCAGUGUAAAGGCUGAAGAAGAUGUGACCCCUUCUCCUAUUCCAGUUUCCACCGGUCUGCCCUUUCACCUUGAUAGUGAAAAACACUUUCUCAGGCGACACGGGAGUCCGGAUCUGGCGAUGGAUCCGUGCUAUUUUAAUAAGUACUAUCUUUGUAAUCUCACUGCAGAUGUCAUUACAGCCGAAACUGCCUCCCUGUCGUGGAAGGUGGUGAUAGAGAAGAAACAUAGGGAUACAGAACCGGUUCAUUUCAGGGUUCUGUUCGAUCGGUUUGGCCAGUCUGUAAAGUUCCACCGGUUCGUGUAUGUGAGUAGUGAACUGCGCUCCGUGACACUGCAGGAGCUGAAGGAGGAUACCCCUUACCUGGUAUGUAUUGAGAGUGUAAUUGAGGACCGUGUGUGCCAGGUGGCUUCCAGAGAUCACUGCAUAGGAUUGAUGACUCUGCCAGCUGGGAGCAGGGCAGUGAACUACCCAGUGUUGACAGUGUGCCUUUUGGCAGCGAAUGCCUUUCUGGUGUUGUUGAUCAUCAUAGCUUGGACCUCUAGGGCAUUAAGAAAGAAACUUAACCGAAGGAAGUCUCCCGUGCACGUCAGACAGAUGUAUUCCACUCGGCGGCCACUGAGGUCAAUGGGCACAGGUGUGUCUGGGGAUUUUUCGGGUUUCCAGAGCACCCGGCCACGUGUUACCAUGAGCACUGUGAAUGAAGCAGACCUAAUCGAAUUCCCAUGUGAUCGUUUCCUAGACAGCAAUAAUCUGCGAAGGGACGAUGUCAUGCAUCGCUUUGCAGAUUAAUGCACGGAAUAGAGACUAAACCUGGUUGUAAUAAUAGUAAUGCUGUGCUGCUCUUAUCUUGUGAACGCAUUGUCGUGCCUCAGAUAUUUGACACAAAUGUGGACUAGUGUCUUUCAUAGUCUGUUCAGCUGCCACACUUUCCCGUGUUUAUUUGGAUGAUCGAUAUUUUUGCACAAAUUAGUUCAAGUGUACGUGCCUUUACGGGAAGGAAGCAGAUCCAUUGUGGACUUAAAUGCCAAUUUAUUAUUUUAUUUGAGAAACAGUAUAGUUUUACCUGACUUAAACUAUCUGCCUGUUGUUACUGUGACUUGUUACCAAAUGACAAUGGUUUACAUGCACCGACUGCUUGCAUUUAUUUAAACACCAAGGUGCUCAUCAAAGAAAAAAAUAUAUAUGUACUGAUUCUGAAUGAACCAUGAUUAAUAACUGUUCUCGUUCUUAUUAUAUUGGUACAGUGCCUUUUAGGUUAUUUUUUUAUUUACUUAUCUUUGUACUUACUUUGCGGGUCUGGGUUAUGAAAAACGUGGUGUGGAUUGAUAUUAAAGGGGAGCAACAGAACGGGUACUGUAAAAGUGUGUAUGUGCGUGUUUGUGUGUGCAUUGUCUGCAGUGCUGGCCUAUCAGGUGUUGAUAACCAAUGAAUGUUAAUAAUUUAACCACUAUUAAGAGCAAGUUUUGAUGUAUUGUACAUCUGGCGACAUUGCCAGCAAAAUUUGAACUUAUGGAAAAUCAGGAGUGAUUUAUUAGUACUGUGUGCUUCGAGGGGGUUAUUUGUCAUCUGGGGAAACCUUUUAUAAUAAGGUUAUUCAUAUUUUCCAUUGAGACUCACUUUAGCAAGGUCCAGUAUUAACAAAAUAAGUAACCCAUCAUACUCCAACCCCAAUAUUUUGCGAACCUGGAGUAGGCUACAGUAUGGCAUGGUGUUUCCCUGCACCCACUUCAUCCAGUUUUUGUAAACAAAUUUCACUGAAAUGCGGCGUGACUUUACCAUACCCUGAUAAAACUUAACACCUAAUGUAUUACAGAUGUAUAACUUUUGAUAGCAGAGAAUAGAUGUGUGCCUCACAUUAGCUUCACAUUUCUCUGUUUUUUGGAGAAGUUGCACAUCUGUUUAUGUAUUUUAUUAAACUGUUACCAAAUUAAAUGCACUGGACACAAGCAGCAGUAUUUUGGCAAGAUGUAGGAGCACUGGUCAUAUUGUACAAGUAGAGACUAACUAAAUCAAACUUAGUGCUGCAGGAUAAAUGCCGUUAGCAAUUCUUAUCCUUAGUGCUCUGAGCCCUUCUUUACUGUCCCAUUCCUCAUAGUACUCCCCUUAUAUCUGUCUCAGAUGUUUUUGAAUUCUUUCGUUGUUUCCCCAUUCAAAAUUUUUUUCUUUAAUUCCUCAUAAGACUUGCUUUAUGUCUGUCUGAAAUGCUUUUGAAUCGUUUCAUUGCUUUUGUCCCUACAAACUGUUUGGGAAGGCUAUUGCAGUGGUCCACAACCCUUUUUGGCAUAGUGUGACAUAUUUUCUAGAGCUAUUUUUAAGUCAUCCACGUUGUAUAUUAAACUUUGCUUCUUUGGCUUUCUUCAUGCUUUGGAAGACAGUACAUGCUUGCACGAUAAGGAUUCCAAAGGCAUACCUAACUGUUUCAGUCUAAGAGUUUUUACUGACUUCUUUUGUGUUCAGCUGUUGUAGUGGUAGCUCUUAACUGCCCAGAUUUUCGCAGAAUGUCCAGAUUUUUGCCUCAUAUUUUUGGUUUGUUUCUCAUAAAAUUUGUGUUUUUCUGGCAGACUAUUGAGAACUGAAGUUCCCAAAUAAUGGCAAACAUUUGUCCAGAUUUCUUGCAUUUAGAAGUUGAGAGGUAUCCUUUUGUGUGUGUGCGUGUGUAUGUAGGUGUGUGUGUAUGUUGUUUUAUUUUUGGAAAUCUUGUACCAUUUUUUUGUCAUUUACUGAACUGUCACUGCCCUGACACUAUGUGUCUCUGUGUUAAUUGUAAUGAUGCUUCAAAACCUGUAGUAGUACUCAAGAUGAGGUGAGGUGAGCUAUCCAUUUAAAAUGAAAUUAUGUUUGCUCAUGAGAGAGUUUUACAUGAAGAAACAAUGUGAACAAUUUAAGAAUAUGAAAUGGAAAAAGAUUUUAGUUUGGUAAAUUGUUUUUCUUGCUAUAUGGUUAUUUACUAUGUCAAAAGCACUGUGACAACAAUGAUUCUGUUAUAAGUGAAAGACUGGACAGUCGUUUGUGUUUUUCCUAAGUAGUGGUGAUUUUCCAUGACUACAGCAAUGGGGGGACCGAUACUGCUACAGGGUAUGUCAGCUGUUGGCUAGAGCAUUAUAUCUGUACUGACAUAAGGUGGACAUAUUUAAAUUGAAUUAAAGGGAGUAAUUAUUUUCUUACAAAAUAUGGUUUGUUUUUAAAACAUAGUAAUAUUUUUUGAGGUAAUUGACUUUUAAUUCUGUUUUUUUUUAAAUGUUAUACGUUGCACAUGUGGAGACAGAGAAAUAAAUCUAGACUGUCUGGUUAUGUUAGGUUCAAACACAGCCUUUUAGCUUGGUUAUAGCUUCCAAAUAUGAACAUCUGAGUGGCUUUCUGGAAUAUUCUUUGCUGGAUUUUUUGCAUAUUGGAUAUCAUUUCAUAUCAUCUUGGGGGGCAGGGAAUCAUCUGCACAUAAUUGUUUAUCAGUAGAAAUAAAGUAUAUCCUAAAACUGACAUGACUGUCACACCCUGUGAGCAGGAAUUGAACACAAGAAGUGCACUAUAAGCAGGAAACAGAUACAGUUCAUGAUUGUAGUAAACACAGAUACGUCUUAUUGUUAAACUGGCAAUAGGCUGAUGAGAAAUGGAAGUUCAGAUGUUGCAGACUGAUUAGUUACUGGUAUUCAAAGUUCCUUUCAGUAACAGUGACAGUGUUUUGUACAGACUGGGCAUUGUUAAAUACAGACCAAAUAUAGAUGCACAUGUGUAUAAAGUAAUGCUAGUGUGCAGAACUGAUUGCCAUUGUGCUAUUGUAGGGAACUGGGUCAUAGAUGUCCCAGUUAUUUCUUAUUGCACCACAGAAUGACUGUGUAAAUACAACGAGUACCAGCACAAAUACAUCAGCAAUACUGAAUUGUGAAAAGGCUUUGUUAAGAAAUUCUACUUUUUGCCUGGAAGUAUGUAGCUGCAGUCGUGAUUUCUGUAUCUGUAAAUAAUUUUUAGUGAGUUUUAGUUUUUUUUAUAUUAUAUAUUUAAAAUGAUUUAAAUCCUUGUGGUGCUAUAAUAAACAUUGCUGUUGCCCAGUUGUUGGCAGAGCUUACCCUUA